GAUAAUAAGCCCAGCAUAAGUUUACUCAUGCGCUCUCUCUCUCUCUCUCUCUCUCUCUCUGCGCGUCUGUGUUUAGGGUUCGAAAUUCGAAUAGCUGCGAAGUCCUCGGAUCAGUAAAGAUGCAAUUGACCCUUGAAUUCGGUGGAGGGCUGGAACUGCUCUGCGAUUCUGUCAAGAUCCAUAAGGUCAAUGUUAAUCCACAAGAUGGAGAAGAUAAGUUGAACAUGAAGGAUCUUCUUGCUUGGGUUCGUACCAAUUUGAUAAAGGAGAGGCCUGAAAUGUUUAUGAAAGGAGAUUCCGUGAGACCUGGAGUUCUAGUCCUUGUGAAUGAUUGUGAUUGGGAACUAAGCGGGCAGCUUGAUACAACACUGGAAGAGAAGGAUGUAGUGGUUUUCAUUUCAACCUUGCAUGGUGGAUAGUUCACAUGUCGCGUCUUCAUUGAUAUUGCACUUGUUGACAACAGAUUGUUAUUGUUUCACACAAGCCCUGUUUGCAAAAUAUUGUAUUAAAAUAUUUGAGAAAGGUAGAGCUAGACUGCUUUUCGGCCUAGUAUGGAUUUUGUAUUUUAGAAUAACAAAAUAUAUGAAUGAUAUGGGUUGAUGCUUGGUGUCUCUGCAUUUAUGGGAUAUAAUACUGUAAUGUUCAGCU